AUGUCCUCUACCGAGUUACCAGCGCAAGCAUUUCUUGCGAGAUUGUCAAAUAGACCUGCAUUAGCAGCUUUGAAUGGGUUGAUUUCUUCAUUUCCCGUGAUAAAGGUUUUCACAUCUAAUGCAGUUCCAAUUAUGGUUUAUCGAGAACAACAACAAAAGAAGGAAGAUAAGUAA